AUGAGGUCGCUACAAACAGUUUUGGUGUUGCUUGUCGCGCUGUACGCGUCUACGACUACGGCCAAAUUUAAUUUGGAAAAACUGCGUGCGAACUUCUUCAAUGUGACCGGUGCCAAGGGCAGUCUUUAUGUGCAAAGUUUGAAAUAUUUACAACGUGAACCGCCAGUGGGCAAUUCGGUCAACCGCGCAGGCAGCGCCAGAUAUACGACCGAAACGAUCGAACAGAAAUUGGAUCAUUUCGAUGCGUCCAACACCAGGACAUGGCAAAUGCGUUACAUGGAGAACGAUGCCUACUUCAAGGAGGGUGGACCGAUAUUCAUUUACGUGGGAGGAGAGUGGACCAUUUCACCUGGCCGCAUAACUAAUGGACACUUUGUCGAUUUGGCAAAGGAGCAUAACGGCAUACUUUUCUACACCGAGCACCGUUACUACGGUCAAAGUCGUCCAACGAGUGACAUCACUGUGGAGAACUUGGAAUAUUUGCACGUCAAACAGGCGCUCGCCGAUUUGGCCCACUUCAUUAAGUAUCAACGUGAGAAUUAUCCGGGCUUGGCGAACUCCAAGGUUAUAAUGGCUGGCGGCUCAUAUUCAGCGACCAUGGUUGUCUGGUUCAAACACUUGUAUCCAGAGCUUUUAACCGGUGGUUUUGCCUCGAGCGCGCCACUUUUGGCUAAAGUUGACUUCAAAGAGUACAAAGAGGUCGUUGGACGCGCUCUACGCGAAUUGGGCAGCGAACAGUGCUACAAUCGCGUACAAAAUGGCAUUGCUACUUUGGAGACUAUGUUAGUGGAUGGUCGCGCUGCCGAAGUGAAGGCCAUGAUGAAGAUUUGCAAUAAUUUUGACGAAGAAAAUGAUUUGGAUGUGUGGACGCUAUUUUCUAGCAUAUCGAAUCUCUUCUCCGGAAUUGUACAGUACCAGACCGGCAAUGAUGUACCCGACCUAUGUGAUUAUUUGCUUGCACAGGAGGAUGACGUCACAGCCAUUGCGAAAUUCCUUUUGACUUAUGUCGGCUCAGGGUGUAUUGAUCUCAGCUAUAAGGACACGCUGAGCUAUUACAUGGACUCCACUUAUGCAAUGGGUGCAAGCCGUCCUUGGUACUAUCAGACCUGCAACGAAUACGGUUGGUAUCAAUCGUCCACUUCACGUCAACAACCUUUCGGCACCAAAUUCCCCCCACUACUCUCGACCACACUGUGUCAAGACGUGUUCGGCGAUGAGUAUACAAAUGAGAAUAUCAACGCCAAAGUUGCACAGACCAAUGUGGAUUUCGGCGGCUAUUCAUCGAAGGUGUCAAAUAUUUACCAAACUCAUGGUGGCCUCGAUCCAUGGAGUGCGGUCGGCCAUACAGAGGAAUACGGCGCCACCAUCUUGCCACAGACAUCGCAUUGCGCCGAUUUCGGUUCGAUAAGCAGCGCCGAUAUACCGGAGAUGCGCGCCUCAAAGGAGAAACUCGCCGAAUUGGUGCGUCAAUGGUUAACCGAAUAGAAACAACAAACAAAUUAUCAAACGGCAAUCAAUAGCAAUAAAAUUUAUUUAUUUAUUUCUGACGCAUUGUUGUGACAAGAUUUGUGACUUUCUGAUUUGUGAAAUCAAUUGUGUUUUGAGUGAAUGAAAUAUAAAUGGAUUAUCUUUAUCACAUUUAAGUGUGUGUUGGAAAA